UUUUUAUUUUUUUGCAGUGAUUGCGUCCGGAACCGGCUGCCAAAGCGGAAGCCUGGCAGCACUGGGGUCGAGGUCUACCCAUCUGCUCUCCGCCCCGUGGAUUCCAUCCUCAACGACAUAAACACCAUGUCUUAUUACAACAAGCAUCAGAAGAUCCUGGGAGCAGGUCCAGUAGGACGUUUGUCAUGCGUAUCCUAUGCAGGAAAGAGCCCAAUCACCAAGCGGACCAUCAGACAUCCUCCCAAUGAGGACUUUGCUUCACUGAAUGCCGACAUCUUGAACAUGUCCUUGUAUCCGAGAAAUCAGCACUGCGCUCUGACUAGCGAAUAUCCUGCUCGAGUUUUGGCCUGUGGAACCCGCCUGCCUCCUCCACUGCCCAAGUAUGUACCCAAAGCACCCACCACAGACGAGGACGGUGCUCAAACCGAGCGAAUCAGCAAAUGGAGGCAGAUUGAACGUGAAGUUUCCCUCGAAGAAGCAGCAGCAGCAGUAGCAAAAGCUCCUGUCGCAGAAGCUAAAACGGAAGCCGUACUUCCGGCACCAAAAGCAGAAGAAGAAAAACCUGUGGCUGUUGCGAAUCCUGAACCCAUUGCUGCUACAACUACUGCUGCUGAUGAUCAUAAUAAUGUGAAACCCAUCACCACCACUGACGCACAACCCGCAGCUGCUGCAGAUUCGGAACCCCAAGAAAAUAAACCCAUAAUCGAAGAAACCCCUGCUGCUGCUCGAAAGAAAUCCCGAUCAAAAGCAGCAGCAGCAGCAGCAGCAACAGCACCGGCACCGAAAGAACCCACGCCUCCUCCUCCUCCUCCUCCUCCGCCGAAGGAACCGACUCCUCCCCCUCCUCCACCGAAGGCACCGACUCCGCCUCCGCCGAAGGAGCAGACUCCUCCCCCUCCGCCGAAGGAACCGACUCCGCCCCCACCGAAGGAACCGACUCCUCCUCCUCCUCCGCCGAAGGAGCCAACUCCGCCUCCGCCCAUCAGUGAACCUAUUCCAACCCCGGUGGAACCAGAAGUAGUACCCCAACAAGUACCCGAGGCCGAGGCAACAACCCCUGCCGCUGAUGAAGAAGUCGCUGCUGCGGAACCAGAGAUUCCCGUCGAUGCUCCAUCAUCCACUGCUGCUGCUGAAGAAGAAGAACCCGUCGUCGCCGCAGAACCAGAACCCAUCAUCAUCGAAGAACCUCCGCCAGCAGCAGAAGCAGGCAAGUACCCACCCGAGUCAUCAGACACUGCACAGCAGGUGGUUGCCAAAUCAGCAGCAACAACGGAAGAAAAUGGAGAAGAAGAAGUUGAAGAAGAAGAAGAAGAGGAAGAAGAAGAAGACGUGUGGGAAAUGCCUGACGAAGAACAAGAGCAGCGUGUUAUUGAUCCCCCUGUCACCAAAUCGCCGACAACGGAACACGAGGAAUUAGUUUCCCAGUCUCAUCAGAAUAAUCCCCAAGAUCAAGGGGUUAUUAUUAUUUCCGAGCCAGGGGGAGAUGCGGGUUCUGUGGUCAAAGACGAACCCGUCAAUGUUGUCGGCGAUGAUGACUCGAUGGAUGACGAUGAUGAGGUUGCUCUGCUGGACACAGAGCUUCCUGAGAAUGAAGUUCACCCAGAUGUCCAAGAAGAAAUUAAGGAAACAAUCCCUGCUGAGUCAACUGCUGGAGUCAUCCCAAUGCGCUAUGUCCUGGCGCUUCUCAAUGCCAUGGGUAUGGCCAUCAUCUAUGGACUCAAGGUCAACUUGAGUGUAGCAAUUGUGGCCAUGCUGAACCACACUGCCAUUGCAAAUGCAGAUGGUGAUGGACAUCAUGGACAUGGUGGUGGAGUGUCUCCCUGUGCUGCUGAUGGUAAUGGGACGAAAGCUGAUGGUUUUGCUGAUGGACCAUUUGUCUGGGGUGGAAAAGUACAGGGCUUGGUGUUGGGCUCCUACUUUUGGGGCUACAUCCUGACCCAGAUUCCUGGUGGCAGAUUGUCAGAAAUGCUGUCUGCCAAACACCUGUUUGGCAUUGGAGUGCUCAUGAAUGCUGUUGCCACAAUUCUGUCUCCAAUUGCAGCCAAAAUGAGUUAUGUCUUGUUCAUUGCAAUGCGAGUUGUGGAGGGCAUUGGAGGUGGUGUGACCUUCCCUGCCACCCAUGUUCUCCUGGCCCAUUGGGCCCCACCAGCUGAGCGCUCAUGCAUCUCCUCUGCUGUCUAUGCAGGCACUGCUUUGGGAAUUGUAUUUUCCCUUCCAUUCUCUGGCAUUCUGGCUGCCUCUCUGGGCUGGGAAUCCGUUUUCUAUGUCCAGGGUGGACUCAGUCUGGUUUGGUAUGUGCUCUGGAUGUUAUUUGCCUAUGAUGACCCCUCCAUACACCCAUUCAUCUCAGAGGAGGAACGCUCUUACAUCCUCACUUCCUUGGGUAAUAGUGACAGUUCCAGGACUGAGAGGCAGGGAAAGCCAAAGAGACAACCAGUUCCUUGGAAGGCAGUGUUCACCUCUAUGCCAUUCUGGGCUAUUCUCAUUGCCCAUACAUGUGGCAAUUGGGGCUGGUACAUGCUGCUUGUGGAACUGCCCAUCUACAUGAAGAGCAUCCUGGCCUUUGACAUCAAAGAAAAUGCCACACUGUCAGCACUGCCAUAUUUGUGUAUGUGGCUCUUUGGCAUGAUCCUGGGCUCCCUAGGAACCAUGCUCAAGCAGAAGAACAUGGUCUCCACCACUGUGUUCCGCAAGGCUGCCACUGCCCUGGCAUCCAUUGUGCCAGCCAUUUGCCUGGUGGCUGUCACAUACAUGGAAUGUAACCGCACAGCUGCUGUUGGACUCAUCACCAUUGGUAUCAUGUGCAUUGCUGGCAUGUACUCUGGCUACCUCACCAACCACAUUGACAUUGCACCCAACUUUGCUGGCACUCUCAUGGCUCUCACCAACACUGUGGCCACAGUGCCAGGAUUCAUUGUGCCAGUCUUUGUUGGUGCCAUGACAGAGGGA